AUGGACCGCCUUUGGGAUCUCAUCCGUAGUAGCGCAUCGAAAGAGUUCGCUGCGUCUCUGAUUGGAAUAUGGAUACUGUACUGGCUCGCCGUGGGCGUGUACAGGGUGUAUUUCCACCCUUUGGCAAACAUUCCUGGCCCAAAGCUAGCAGCGUUCACAUUUUGGUACGAGUUCUACUAUGAGAUUUAUCCGCACAAAUUCCAGUACAUGUGGAAGAUCAAGCAGCUACAUGAAGAAUACGGUGAGCCAAGGUUAAUGAUACCUGCCUUACGGCUCUGA